AUGAAUGAAAAGUUGGGAUUAGUUUACUGCUAUUGGCUGUGGGGUGUUACUGAUGGAAAGGUACGGAUGCUGCGGCUCUGGAUCAAUCAAAUGCUCACAUACGUGAAUAAAGCAGGGAGAGAUCAUGAAUAUCUUGUGUUAGAUACUGAAACAAUGAAGGCUGAAGCAUUUACCAUGCUACAGAGAGCGCUCUUCAAACCAGCACUUUCAAGAUUAAGUGAUCAUAGUUUGAAGCGUCCAAAAGUGCUAUUCAAGUCCAAAUCCUGGAAUGACAGUUCAACACAAUUAACUCAUAUAUAA